AUGGCAAUCUCAGACAUUGCUGCUGGCUUCUCCUGGCAACUCGCUCUAUACACCUCCUUUGCAUGCUGGCUUGUCUAUGCCGUUUGCCUGGGCGUCUACAGGUUGUGGUACAGUCCAAUCGCCCACCUGCCCGGGCCCAAGCUUGCUGCGCUGACGCAGUAUUACGAAUUCUUCUAUGACAUUGUUCUUGGUGGCCAGUAUACCUUUCGCAUUGUUGAGAUGCACGAGGAGUACGGCCCGGUUGUGAGAAUCAGUCCUUGGGAAGUCCAUGUUAGUGACCAUGACUUUCACGCUGAACUCUAUACUGGGCCACAUCGUCGUCGCCACAAGUGGCAUUUCUGGGCAAAGCAGUUCGGAGCUCCUCACAGCGGCCUGGCGACUCUUGACCACGAUCACCAUCGCAUUCGGCGUGCCCCUUUGAAUCAAUUCUUCUCAUACAAGAGCGUUCGCGAUUUGCAGCCUAUCAUCGAAGAACGAGUUGAUCAGCUCCUCGGUCGUUUGCGUGACGAAGGAAGGACCCGUCCGACCGAGCCGAUUGACGUUAUGUACCCAUUCUCUGCGUACACCAAUGACGUCAUCAAUGAAUACGCUUUUGCGCGGAGCGACCACCUCAUCGAGAGACCCGACUUUGGCGCUUAUACAACAGACAGUCUCCUCAAGGGCACACACAUGGGUCCUAUCAUUAAGCACAUGAAUUGGGCCCUGACGCUCGUUAAUUCACUACCGGAAUCCGUUUCGGGGCGCUGGGUGCCUGGUUGGGGAGGAUGGCUGAAGCUCAAAAACGACGUUCUCAAUCAAAUUGAUGAAAUUAAGGCGACGCAGGGGACAAAGAAUUGGGAGCUCGACGUCAGCCACCCGACCAUCUUUCACGAACUACUUUCCUCGGAAGAGCUGCCGGACAUUGAAAAAGAGACGGCUCGCCUGGCCCAGGACGGGCAGAUCCUCGUCCAGGGUGGCACCCUGACGACGUCGUGGACGCUGUCCCUCGCCGUUUUCCACCUGUGCAACCGGCCAUCGACACUCAAGAAGCUGCGCGACGAGCUUUUCGCGGCUAUCCCCAACCCGAACGAGGUAGUGCCGCUGGCGCGACUCGAGAGCCUGCCGUACCUGCGUGCCGUCGUCAAGGAGGCGCUGCGGCACGGCGUCGGCACAAGCAGUCGGUUGUCGCGCAUCGCGCCCGACGAGUCCUUUGACGUGGCUGAUCCGGCGACCGGCCGCUCGCACCACAUACCCGCGGGCACCGUCGUCAGCAUGAGCCCGUACCGCACCAUCAUGAACGCAGGCAUCUUUCCGGACCCGCUCGGCUUCCACCCGGAGCGCUGGCUCGACGCAGACGAGCGCCUCGAUGGCUACCUCAUUAUGUUUGGCGGCGGUACGCGCGUUUGCCUCGGCCAGGCGCUCGCGCAGGCCGAGUUGCACCUCAUGCUGGCCAAGCUCUUCCGCCGCUGGGGCAGCGGGGGCGUCGUCGGUGGGGACGAGACGGGCGACCGGCGCGAGGGCGACGUAGGAGCGUUUAAGAUUUUUGAGACGACGUCAAGAGAUUGCCAGAUGGCGUCGGAUUACUUUAUCCCAAUCCCGUACAAGGGAAGCAAGGGCCUGCGAUUUCUUUUGGAAGCAUAUUAA